AUGCUACCCAUGUUCAAGGUCCACCUCAAGCACACGCUCUUCCUGGGAGCCAGAAACCAAGGAAGGGGCGCGGGCAGUGUGGGCCCGGCUGCCACCAGCCACGAGGCCCAGGAAGCGCUGGACCAAGGGGAGUCAACCCCGGCGCACCGAGGCGCGCGGGCCGCCCCCGCCCCCACCCCGCGGCGGACCGGCCCCGGCCCGACCGCCGGCCCGCAGCGCGCACCCCCGCGCCCUCCCCCCGCGCCCCCGCCUCUGGCUCCCGGCCCGCGCUCGGGCCCGCCUCUCAGCGGUUUUCGCUUUCGUUUUCUUGUCGAUAUAGUCGAGGAAAAUGAAAGUGGCCGUGACCAGGGCUGGCGCAGCUGCCGUCGGGCGAGGGGCGCAGAGUCCGACGUUGGCGGCGGGACUGGAGCCUGGGGCCUGGGGCCCCGGGCCCGGGUGCGCCGAGCUGAUGGAGAUGGCAGCACGCCCUGGACGGCUCUGAAUGCCAGGGAAACAAGAAAAUGGACUCCUUCUGCUCCCACGAGUAAAUGCCAGUCACCUGCAGUGGGUGCCAGAGUUUUCGGCCUAUUGGAAGAAAGCAGCGGCCCGGAAACAGCAAAAAGUCCAGCAAAAUGGAAUUGGCCAUUUAAAAUCUGGCGCAUCCACAAAGGGCACGUCAUGCAGCAGAAUGACCAAGGCGUAUAUUUAUUGACAAGAAGGAUGUUUGCAUAUAUUGCUAAGUGCAAAACAAGAAAAAGAACACUAGAAAAGGCUUCCAAAACAUGCGCGGAAAAUAGCUUUGGACUCAGCCUGGAGGGUGGAAAUCCAGACCAGCCUCUUAACCUGUUUGGGAACUCAGGCAAGUGAUGUGACCUCCCUAAGUCCCUGCUUCCUGCCUGCGAAAAUGACAUAGCAACAGCAGCUUCCCAGCAUUGUGAGGAUUCGGUGGGAUUCACAUAACUGAAGUCCCCAGCACAGGGUCUGGGCACAUGGUGAGUGCUUAACAGAUGGGUACCCAAAUGAGAUGUGGUCUAAUAAUAGUGUACUUACCUGUGUAUCGACCUAGAAACAUUCUGGAAAUUUAUAAACAAACAGUGGAGUUUUUUUUUUAUUUGGCUGGUAGAAUUAUGAAUGAUUUUCAACUUUUUUUAUUUUUCUACAUGAAAUACUUAUAUAAUGAUGAUGUAACUUAAAAAAGGAAGUAACAAUGGAAAAGUUAAAAAAAUAAAAAUAAAACACUGCAGUGC